CUUUCUUCCUUAUCCUUCAUUCCUUCUAUAUAGUAUCCAACUUAUACGCGAGUCGCUCGACUGACCACGGUCCAUGACCAGGUCUAUCGCUAUCCGAACCCCCACGAUGCAGAUCCACCAGCUCUACACCUAUCCCAUCAAAUCCCUUCGUGGGAUCGCAGUCCCCGAUGCGCGUCUGACAUUUACGGGCUUUGAAUAUGACCGUCGAUUUAUGCUACUCAAGGUCGUCGACGGAGACGAUGGCGUCGAAACCCUGAAGAACAUGCACGUGCCCCAUUUCCCCGAAAUGGGCCUGUUCACCACCGACAUCGUCUUCCCCUCGGGCGAUAAGAAACGCGACGGCAAGGUCAUCGUGCGAUAUCACCCACCCGGCGUUGACGACAACAACAAUGAUGAUUCGCGCGUCCGCACCCUCGAGAUCCCACUCACCCCGAAUGUCAAGGGACUGGAGCAGCUGGACAUCCUGAUGCACUCGAGUCCGACGAAAGGAUACAACAUGGGCAGCGCGUACAAUGACUGGUUCAGCGCGUGUUUCGGAUAUCGUGUGGUGCUAGCGUAUCUGGGCCCGCACUCGCGGCGCGUCCUGGGGAGCUUCCCCCCCGGCAAGAGCGCCGCGCACCGCGAGUCGGCCCCGCCGCUGGUGUCGACACGGUCACUGGCCGUCCUGGCGGGAGUGACUCUCGCGCUGAACCUGGUCGGCCUGUCGGUGUCCUCGUGGGCGGACGCGUUGGCAUGGCCCAACCUGGCGGCGACGGCGGGCGCCGUGCUGCUGUCGAGCUUGCUGGGUCGGUAUGUCUCGUCGCGCGGGGGCAAGCGCAAGGAGGAGAAGAUUACCUUUGCCGACGUCGCGCCGUAUCUGCUCGUCUCGGAGGCAUCGGUCAACGAUCUGUCCGGGCGCUUCCAGGGUGAUGUCCAGAUGGACGUGACCAAGUUCCGGCCCAAUAUCGUGGUGUCCGGGGUGGAGAAGCCGUUCGAGGAGGACUUCUGGGCGGAGCUGUCGGUGGGGGACGGACCGGCCCGGCUGCUGCUGACGGCCAACUGUAUCCGGUGCUCGAGCAUCAAUGUCGACUACGACACGGGGAAGAUGGGCACCGGGGAGGCGGGGACGGCCCUCAAGAAGCUCAUGAGAGAUCGCCGGGUGGACCGGGGUGCGAAGUGGAACCCGGUGUUUGGACGGUAUACCUUUUUGGACCGGGGGUCGGAGAACAUGCGGAUACGCCGGGGAGACGCAGUGACGGUGUUGCGGCGGGCGGCGGAGCGGGAGAUUUGCGAUUGGCCCGAGGUGGGGCAGCCUGUCGCAGCGUAGAUGGACUGUAGGAUUACUUAUAGGCCAAAGUGUCAUGGCAUUUGUAGCAUCGACAUGCAUAUAGAUGAACAUGCCAAGACAUGCAGUAGUCGUCGAUUAGCAAUCAACAACCCCUCAUCCAUUC